AUGACCGCCGCCGCCGCUGUUGGCGACAUUGCUGGAAUCGCCAAUCUCAUCAGUCAAAUAUACAGCGCUAUUGGGGACCACAUAAUUGAAAAGGAAACGCUUAUAAUGCUUUUAAAAGACUACGAAUACCGACUGACAGCAGACCAACCAUUUCUUGCGCGCGGUUUGGAGCUUCGCCAUUGCCAACCGCAUGCUAUGAAUCUCUACGAAAAGCUCGUUCUCCUGGGAGAAUGGCUUGCUGGUAAGCAUAUCAGGCUGAAAUAUGCCCAAAGCAGCCUACUUAGCACUCGGCGGUGGAGAUUCCCUUGGAAAUUCAGUGGGAAGAAAAGGGUUGUUUUCCAGCAGUUCCUGGGUGAUAUCCAACAUGCGUCCGAUAGGUUAAUUGAUUGUGUGAAUAGUUCUCCACAUAAUAACGUUCUCAUAGCCUUGCCAGGUGCUGCGGUAGAUCCUCCGCCAGCAGGGCUCCCAGUACUGCAACACAGGGCUCAAGCUCUCCAUGAUCAAGCCCUCACAUAA